AUGGAUACAAAUACAAACGUACAGCCAGCCAAAGUGAAGGAAAAACCAAAUACGCGGAAGGUAAUUUUAAUUUGUUCUCUAUUUAAAAAAAAAUUUUUUUUGACAAAAUUUUAGCGGGUAAAAGGCUUUUUUUAGCUUGCUUUUCGCCAAGAAGCUAUGGAGGCGCUACUCGAACUAUCAUCAGAGAAGGAACUAACAUCAGAAAAGUGCUUAGAAGUGGCGAAGUUGGAUUGUAAGCUGUGCACGCUACAUGACGCUUCAGCUAAUCCAAAGUCAUACUCAUAUAAAAGUUUAUUUUUAAAGUUUAUUUUCAGACCGCAAAACUGCAGAGAUAAUCCAUACUGCAUAAAAAGGCUAGGUCUCGAAAAAUUUGAGAAAUUGAUCAAGGCAGAACUGUCCAAGUCUGAAAAAGUGAAAGAGGUUUUCUUUUUGUAGUUUCAAGUAUUUUCUCGGCUUUCAGGAACAGAAAAGACGAGAUCUGAACGACCAGCCAGCAGGCUUGAUAAAUUCGGGCAACUUCUGCUACGUUAACAGCUUUUUGCAAGUCUAAAAACCCAAUUUUUUGUUUUGAUUUUCAGACAAUUUUUAGGUUUGGUUCAACGUCCCUGAAUUUCGACAAAUAGUUUACGAUUUCCGUCCUUCUCACAAUUAUUUGAGGUCAGAAUAUUCGGAGCAAUGUGACUAAUUUUCUCUCAAAGUUUAGUCCGGAGUACCCGAAGAUGGAUGUUCAAAAGGUUAUGUUGGCUUUGCAAGACCUGUUCUACACGCUGGAAACAACUCCAUUUGUUGGAAACUUUUUCUUUCGGUUUAAAUAUGAAGAUAUUUUGAGGAAGACACCGACAAAAACAAGUUUCUGAUCUCUGCGUUGCGACUCAAUCAGGAACAACAGGAUGCUCAGGUUCCAUUUUUCACAAUGAAAUUUGGAUGAUUUCGAGAAUUACUAUAGAAAAAAAUUUUGAGAUAAGAAAGAAAGUUUGUCACCGGUGCAAAAAUUUUUGAGAAGUAUGACUUCUGUAAUACAUCCAAAAUAGUGAUACAAUCGCCAUUUUUGGAAUAUUUUUUUCAAUUGAAGUUUGAGAUCGUUCUGAUUAAUUGAAAUUGCGCUAGGGAAGAUGAAAACUUUGUUUUUUUAGGAAGAAAGAAAGAAUGAGCAAAAUAAUACUGUGGUGGAAACAAAUUUCCUUUCAGAAAGCUUGCUGAGAAAAAUUUAAGUUUGAUUAUUAUUUUUUUUUGAGUUUUUGCAGAAAGAAAAUCUGUUAGAGUUAAAUUUUUUGCGUAUUUCUAAGUUAUUCGAGUUCACCAUCAAGUUUAUUAUUCUUUUUUCACAUUGUUCGUCUUUUUUUGAUCAUGGUGCUACACUGAUAAAGCGUGAUAUUUCUGAAAGAUUCGGGUUUCGCGUUUCGAGUAAUUUCGGCGAUUUCAAAAUUGACGCGUAAAAAUGGUUUCGGUAAUUUAGUCCUACAUCGCAAAAUGUGCAUUUUUACUGUAACUUUUAGGCGCUAACUCAAAAUUUUGGAAUUAUUUUAAAAGGCCGAAAUUAGCUUGAACACGAAAAAAUAAGUAAAUGUCCAGGAAUUCACGUUGAUGCUGUUCGACGCCUUGGACCGCAACCUGCAGUCCCAUCCCAACGGCGCAGACAUCCGCUUCCGGAUCACCAACCUCUAUACCGUCUCUCAUUUCGAUUUUCCACACCUCAACUUCCAUUUGAAGGGCUCUAUCCGGUACAACACUUUCUGCAAUUGUGGAAUGAACUCUGCCAGAGAAGACCUCAUCACUUCGGUCCAACUGAACAUCGCCGGUCACUCUACCCUUUUCGAUGCCCUUCGCGCCAAUUUCGCAGCUGAAGAGUAGGCGCUUUUUGCAUUUAGCUGCGUGAUAAUGAAGGUAUAGCUGAUUCACGGCUAGCUUGGGACACUAAAGAGGCAUUGCCUGUCUGCGCUCUCUAGAAUUAUCGUGUCAGGACCUUUUUUCAAUGGCUCAACUCAGCCCUGAAUCUUUUUUAUUCUUAAUAUUCACGGAAUAGAAUCAUUUGCAUAGAGUUUUUCGCAUUUUAUCAUCAUGAAAUGAGAUUUUCGAAAUUAAGUCAAAACAAAAAAUACCGCCAUAAACACCCAAAUUUUUCGAAAAUUUGAGUUUCUCCAUCGAAGUUAUCAAAAAAGUUGAGAAUAGUGACGAAUGAAAGUCAAUUCAUAUCGAAUUGUCUUUGAUGAAGGUCGAUAAAUUAUUUUUUUAGUUAGAGUACAGAAAAAGCGAGCAAAAAAAGCCAAAAAUAAUUUAAUAAAAAGAUCGAAGAUUUAUGUUGACGGCGCGAAAAACUCUCUGAUAAGAAGAGGAUUUUCCAGGCUCGACGACUACCGAUGUCCUUCGUGCAACGAAACGGGGAACGUCUCCCGGAGUUGCGAAUAUUCGCAUUUGCCUCAGGUCAUCAUCGUCCAAUUGAACCGCUACACCUAUGACAUGUUAGUUGGACAUGUGGUCCUCUGAAAUCAUUGAUUCUUAUAGAAGUUUUCUCGCUUAUUUGUUUUUUUUUUACUUCCGAAAGUUUCCUCCUUCUUUUCCAUCACUUUUUGAGCCUUCACAUUUCUAGAAAAAAUGAGAGGCUCGAUAAAGGGGCUCUUUCUGCGACUUUUUUUGAGCCUCUCCCUUCUAGCGGUCCUUAUCCACCGUUCCGACUUUGCCCGAGUUUCUGAUUUUUUUUUUUCUCUUUGAAUAAUUUUUAAAAGGAUGUCUCUGGUAAGUUUCAAGUAUCCCUAUUUAAUCUUUUUUUUUCUGGUCAUGCAGGACUUUUGCGUUUCAAAAAAGCUAGAAGAAAUUUUUUUUCAGACCUUUCUCGAUUUAAUGUCUCUUUGUUCCUCAUUGAAUUUCAUAUUUUUUCUUCAAACUCCGAAUAUUUAGGAAAGGCAGAAGAAAAUUGAAAACUCCAGUUGUCUAUCCGCGAGAGCUGCCUUCCUCGGUCUUCCAAAAGGCCAACGACGAACAGGUUUUGGCGGCUUUGUACGAGAUCCAGUGUUCAUGUCAGGAAAACGCCGAGAUGUACGAUUUGUUCGCCGUGAUGAUCCACGAAGGCGACAACACGGACUACGGUCAUUACUACGACUUGGUGAAGACGCCCUGGAGCUCCAAGUGGUUCAAAUACAACGACGAGGUUUGAUACCACAACAAAGAAUUGCGCUACUUUCCAAAAACCUCAAUCAUCUCGAGUUUGUCCUCAUACAUUGAAAAUUCACGGAUUCUUUGAAAAAAUUCGAAGAGUGUAAAAUUCAGAAAACAAUAUUUCAAAAAGAUUUCCUAGAAAGAGCAUUAAAAACUCCUAGAGCGGAUAGAGACUUUGAACUGAGCAAAUUAAUUCCUGGAGUGAUUUCUAAAAAUUACUUAAAGGACCACUGUAAUUUACUCUAGAAGAAGUUGCUAAAAAACUUUGAAAAAAUCAUCAAAAUUUCCGACUAGAUCACCAUUUGACGACAAAAUCCAAUGUAUUUUACUGUAUUAAUUUAUAAAAUCGAUAGCUAGUUUUUUAUAAACGUAAAUAUUCGAUGUUUCGUCUAGACACUUGGAAACACACCCUCUUAAAUUCCCUUAGCAUUGAAAUGAUAAUUUUUAUGAUGUUUCAGAAAGUUGAAGCAAUGGCAAGGCCGCCCGGAACGGAGAGAGCAACAAGUUCAGAUGGAAAGAGAGUCAAGGUAGGUUUCGAAAAACAUAGUUUUGAGGACUUUGAUUCAAAAAUGACUAAGUUAAACUUGCGGUUUUCGUUGUCAAAACGAAUUCAAUUCGAGAAAUCGGCUGGAAUUUAAUUAUUUUUUUCUCUAUUUUAAGUUUUCCGCAAUGCUUGUUUUGCUAUGUAGGUGCUAUUACUGUUCUCAAAAUCUAUCUUCAAACUAAAUGAUCGAAUUUUUUUUUGAUUUUUUUUUUCAUCUUUGAAAUAUUUUAAAUAGUUUCCUACUGCGCUGGGUUAUCUAAUUUUUUCUUGAACUUGCUCGAUUCGAUAAGUAGUAAAAAAAGGGAAAGCUACUUUGAGAGAAAAUAUUUUUUUGCUAGUAAAAAAAGAAAAAAAAAUGGGAGUUCAUUCUCUGAUUUAACUUUAGUUAUGGCUAAAUUUUUUUAGCCGAUUAAAUGUUCAUUUUCAAUGUUUUUUUCUAUUUUCCAGAAGUCAGAAAAAGCGCCAGCGGAUCAGCGAGCAUGUUACGGGUUACUGUACCGACGACGCGAUGAACAGCUUCCCCUUCCGCGUCCCGAACAUCCGCCGCCGGAGCUCAUAGGCUCUAGCGCCGACGAGGUACCUUUAUUCCCUCAAGAAAGACUUUUUUUCUGUUUCUUUUCGAGAAUCUUUCUCAAAGGCUCAGUUCAGAUCGAAGACAUGUUUCUGGGAAUGAACAGCGAAACGUUGGCUAAGAAUAAAAAGAAGUUUGACGACUUAAGGCGACGCUUCGAAAGUCUGUCUAAGACACUGGCCAGUUUGGAGGUUAGUUUUUCUGUUAAAAAGAAAAAAAAAUAUCCAUCCACGUUGAAUUGCAGACGCAUGAGUCCAAUUUCAAAAACGCGAAUGAAGUGGGUUUCGUGCCGAUUUCGCUCAUCACAGACAUCCUGCAAAACGAGUAUCUGCGCGCUGCGGAAGCGGCCGGCGUCAGAAAGGGCUGCGCUCCGCAGAACUCUUCGAAAUCUGUGGUCAAUCGAAACGGAAAAGAUGCGGCUCUGGAAAAUAGCGCAGAUCUGCCGGAGGUUCUCGCAGAAUCCCACGGUGAAACACGCCUUAAUUCUCAGGCACCCUUGGAUAUGGACAUUGUUGCGAUCGCGAUGACGUCAUCUGAGCUGCCUACUGUCGACGAGAAGAGCGGCAUGACGACGCGAUCACGCAACGGAGUCUCCCGUCCCAGGCCCGAUUAUUACCCACGGAAGUCUGCAAGCCACUUAAGUGAUUUUGGAAAUUAUUUUGAUUGGAGGCGAGUCGACUCGAGCUCCGGCGGCCGAGAACCUCCGAUCGUCGCUCAGGUCGCCGCUCGGCUGCAGGCUCAUUCCAUGGCCGUUUGUCCUCACGGCCGUCUUCUUAUCGAUUCAGUCCGUUUUUCAAUUUUAAUACUUUCUUUACAGCUUGGGGGAAGCCUUAACUAGCUCACUAUUAUCUAAAAUGAGAGCUAUAACAAUGAAGGAAAAUAAUAGCAUGCAGAGAGAAAAAGGCAGAUGUUGGAAGAACUGAAUAAAUCUAUCCUGGGAGAUUUUUCAAAAUUUGAAAUUAGCUCAGGUAAUUUCAUAGGAUUGAAUUUUUUUAAAAAUUCAAAGAAUAAAUUUUUCAGAAAAAUAAAAAUUAGUUCAAUCCCUUUUUCCUACUCUCCAAAUUUAAUCUUUACUUCAUUAUUUCCAUAACUCUGAGAUUUUUCAAGCUGAGUGUCUGAGAAUUAUUAAAAUUUUGUGAUGAAGUUUGAAGAGGAUGAAGAAAAAGAGUUUAGGAGAUGGUUACACGAAAAAUUCUUGUUACGAUGCUAAUAUUCACUUCAGUAGGAAAAAAAUUAGUCAUUUUCUCUUUUCUUUCCGUGUAGAAUAUGUUGCAAAAUGGUACCUCAGACAAUGGGUAUGUUGUCGUCACAUGCAUUCAGUAGCAGAACUGACAAGAGUCAGACAUCAUCAGUACGAAACCGGCGGGCGGGGUCGAACCCGGGCCGCCAUGUGUUGUUGAUUGGUAUCCGCGCGCUCAACCACUCGGCCAACCACGCAAGCGGCUGUCGCCCGCACCUAGCGCUACUCCUUACAUCUGCGCGCCCCUGUCUUCAGGAAUUUGCGCUGAUCAUUAUUUCUUUCAUUUUAUUUUCGUUUUCAUCUAAUAACGCUAGCGGUUUCGAAAAACUUAAAAAAAUUGAGAACUAUCCCUUUCGAUCAAUUUCUUAAAUAGACUUAUUUAAAAACGCAUUGAAAAAGAAACUUUUAUGGAGCUUUAGAGUCUUCAUAAAUUAAAACAGUUAUAUCUAACAGAUUCCUUAGAUGGCUUGAAGAAGAAAAAGUUUGGGCGAUAUAGAUAAAAUUUUUCUGAAUUGAAUGGAAAAACCUACGGUGAUAAUUUCUGUUAAAGUAUACAGCUCAUUGAUUAGAUCCCUUAGUUUCAGUUUUUGAUACUUUCUUGACAAUUGAAUGUUCGAAGAUUAGAAAUUUCAGAUUUUGUUCGGGGAUGUGAAGGCGGUGGCGCGGCAACCUGCAAUAAAGCUAUUGAGACAGUACGGAAUAGAGGUUACUUUUUAAAAAAAUUAAUCAAAUAUUAUUUUCCCUACAGACGAAAAUAGAACGUGAUGAUGGGAACAUAGAGUAUCCAUCUAGCGACUACGCGCCUUUCAUAUUCACUGGGUAGUCACCUCAAUUCGAAAGUUCAAAUCGAACUGUUGCAGGGAUAAACUCUGUGUGGAGUGUAUUUUGGAACUGAGGCGAGAGGCUCAGUUCAACAUCCAACUGGAAGAAGAUGAGCGAACUGUGAAGAAGAUAUUGAAGGAGUUCAAGAUAAGGUUCUCAUAUUACUCAACUUUUUUACAAACUUUUCGGUCCAAAUAAAGCCAACAAAAUAAUUGAUCAAAUCAAUCAAAUCAUUUUAUUUUGUUGUUUUAGUCGUAGAUGUAAACGAUUAGGCGGUGAACAACUGCCUUUGGCAAACUAGAAGUCCAAACCUGUAGUCGAAAAAGUUGAAAGCAUGGUCUUACGGUCCUUCGCCUCGUCCUUGUGCGCCUAGUCCAUCCAGUUGCGCCUUGAAGAACUCAGAAUGUAGCGGAUGUUGUAGCUGGAGCCAGGAAACCGUUCUCUAGGUGGAAGCCUCGAAAUGAGAGUGACCAAUUCAAAUGAAUAUUUUACACGGAAUGGAGAAAUUUUCUCAGAAAACGCUCUAUUUCUAGGUGUUCGGUGAAAGGCGUCCAUCCUAAAGAUCCUGGCGAUUUCUACGUUGCAAAAAUAGCUCUUCAGAAUUUCCGCAAGUACGUUCAAAAAACAGUUCGUCUUUAUUCUACGGAAUAACUUCGCAACUUACAGGUCCGCCGUGAGUGAACGCCAGCAUCGAUUGCAAGUUCAAAACACCAAUGGCGGGGAAUUAGUUUUCGAAACCGUUUCCAGAGUGAGUUUAGUGUUGUUUGAUGAGAUCAAGCUUUUCCAGGCGGACCAGGGAAGCAGAACGCGUCCCAAUCGCAAGCGAAGUGGUACUCCAAAUGGUUUGCAACGAAAUCUCUCAUGAUUCUAAACUCUUUACAGAAGAUAUCGACGACUCGUCAGAGGGUUUCAUCGUCAAAAUGAAGCGACAUGAAAUUUUGAGUACUUCUUUACUUUUUUUUUAAUCAUUUGACAAAGUUUAGGCUGAGGAAGAGGGUCUUGACGACCAAGAAGAUGCCGUUCUUAUAUCUGAGCCAGUCCGUGAAUACAACAGCAAAACCACUCUGAAUAUACCAAAGGCGAAAGAAGAGGUAUAAAAAGGGCACAAUUAUCUGAAAAAGGCCGCAAUUCGUUCACCCCGUCGUGGGAUCCAUCCGACGUAUGUCCCAUAACUGCCCUCUUUGCAGUUUGACCCAUCCACUGAGUUGCCAGAAAAUAUCCUCGAAGAAGAGGAGGAGGAGAACCUUGAAGUGAAAGAGCCGCCGCAAGCCACCUUCGCAGAAAGGGAGGAAAAGAACGCCAGAUUGGAGAGCGGUUCUUCGGCCGAGGAUGAGAAAACUGCGGGGAAACCAAAGUAGAGUUUUGGAACAAGAUCGCGUCAAUAUUCCGGUUUGAGCGAGGGCGAAGAGACGCGGCCGCCCUCGGCCUCCAAUGGCAGCUGCGACGUCCCCGCCGUCGCUGUCGAGUUCAACUCGGAGCUUCGCUGCAUUCAUGGUCAUUUUUGUCUUUGUUAGGAAACAUGUUUUGGUGGCUACAUUCCUCUUAAAAGUGAUUUUUCGAACCUUCACGCCUUUUUUUCAAGCUGCAAAGUUUUUUUCAGCAAAUUAAUUCGAUAUCAGUUUUGAGGGAGAAAAAAUAUGACACAAGAUGAGUUUUCCUAAAGAUUUUGUUCAGUGGAAAGGAGCAAUCUUUACAGGCGGGAUCAACGUGGAUCAAUUCCGUUUCUCAGUUUCACCAGAGGAAUGGAAGCAGCUGAAGUCCUACUUUGGAGAAUCGUUCUCGGUCCUCUGCGAUGAAGACCUCUGCGAGGAAUGCUUUCGGAUCGAUUCUGAGGCUCUGAGCGGCACGGCAUCCAUGCGCCAGACGAUCCGAGACCUUCGGAAACGGCUCGCAGAAACUUUGAAGGUUCGAGCUACCAUAUGAGAAUUCUCUAUCGAAUACCUCAGGAAGUAGACAAGCGACGUGGCGCUGAUUUUUUCGCCCUGCAACUUCGAAAUGAGAACUUAGAGUUUGGGGUUUGCAGCGAGUUUUUGAAUCGUCUUCGUCGCCUUAAGUAACCGCAGAAUUGUUUGCCUAAAGCUUAUUUGGACUUUUCAGCUCUCGAAGCUCUUCUUUCUUGCCUCCAAUCUGUCAGAAUUGUGUGAUGUGCUCUCAUGGAAAGCCUUGUCGGGGGAUUUCUGAAGCUGUAUGCACUUUAUUUAUUGUGAAUCUCUCACAGGGGAGGUCAUUUUACUUUGCUGUUUCUGAAAAUUGGUGAGGACACUCCUAGAUGUACUAGAAGAAGAUUCUAGAAAUUUCAACCUGCAAAACUUUCUCGUUUUUAAGAAAAGACGCCUCGAAGUCAAAGAAAAUUCAGAAAAAUCUAUUAAAGGCUAUUUUGAGGAUUUAAGCAAUCAUUUCUCGAAAACUAGGAAGUUUUGCAGGUUGAGAUUUUCAGGAUCAUCAUCUGGUACAAAAAUGAAUAUUUUGGCCGAUCUUUAGGGAAUUCCCAACCGCAAAGUAAAAUGACCUCCCCUGUCAAAAGCCAAAGAGUCCUUAUUUUUUGGUUUUUUUUUUUACAAACCCUCUCUUUUUCCAUAGACAUGCAAAUUUUUAUAAAUGAAUAUAAGGCCGUCGAGUCGAACGUGCCUUCAAUCGUGCCGUUGACGCGUCGAGAGUGGGAGACUUUCCUGAACGAAUGGCGGGCCAUUCAAGCGGCUCAAGGCGAUUGUUCUCCGAACGAAGUUACACCCAUCAAGCUGGGUAAAGGAGGUACUUUUUCGAAAGAAGAAAAAGUAUCUCUACCCCUCUUAAUUUAGGAACAGUUGAAGAGCUCUGUGGUAAAUGCUACCAGUUGUUCUUGAGCUCACAGGAACAGGCAAAAUACGAGUUCAAUAAUGAGGAAGUCUUCAUCCGAUUGAGCAAUGGUGUAAGUGAACUAAUGGUUUUCUGUCGAACUAUUCAGAAGCCUAGCAGUAAAAACGGGGUUUAUUGUUUAUUAAGAACUUGGAAGAAAAGAAAAAAAGGCGAAAAAUCAAGAAUUUGCGAUGCCUGUUAUCUAUAGAGCAACUUUACUACAAAACGCCCUUUUGGUGGGAAUCAAAAUUUUUUCUUUCCGAUUUUUUCUCGGAAAAUAGGAACUUCUGUUCAUUUUCUAGUAUACUGUUCGACAGGCAGUGAAAAGCUCAAGAAACAGUAAAUUUUUCUCAAAUGCAGAUUUUUUUUAAUGCCCCUAUGCCUUCAAAUAUCGAAAAGUUCAGACCCUCGAAGAUGAUGCGCAGUUUGCUGCGAUGGUUGUGAAGUCGACACGGCGCGUUUCGAAAAAGAAUCUCCACAAAGUCAAGGUUUCUUUGAAAAAGCGAAACGAAAAAAAAAGAAUACUCUUCAGAUCUCCUCGUCAUCAACUUUGCUACAAUUGAAAGUCGCUCUCUAUGAGCAAACGGGUCAAACGCCGAUGGAACAACUUCUAUACAGGUGGGAAAAAUAACCUAUUCAAGGUAGAAUUACGAAACGAGGUGUUCAGAAACCUUGGCGGCGAGCAUUUCGAUAAUAGCAAAAACUCCCAAACGCUCUUUGACCUUCGAAUUCUCCCGAAAAAUGUUGCCGAUGUGAGUUUUUUUUACAUAUUCAAAUCGCAAGGAUAUAGUUUGCUCAUGGAUCUAUGAAGAAAUCGCUCAAAAUGCUAGGAUUUCAACCAAUUUAUGUUUCUUGUAGCCCAUGGUCUUGAUUUCGCAAUCGACCGUGGAUACUACUGCAAAAGACGAAGAAGUGACUGAGACACGAGCUCCGGAACGCGGAUUCAUCGACACCGCGCUCGCUCAUUGA